UCUGGCAGCGUUACGGCAGGAAGAGGACAGACAGGAGCGUGGAUCUACACUCGGGAUCUAUUAAAGGGAUCAUUAACUUUUUAAAAUACAACAGCAAGAACGCACGGGCUCUACGCUUUGAAGAACACUCGUAGGCCCAUUGUGUAGCAGUGGUGUAGCAGCGGUGUGCAAUGGAGGAUGGGAAACCUGUGUGGGCCCCCCACCCAACGGACGGGUUCCAGCUGGGUACGAUUGUAGACAUCGGGGCGGACUCCUUAACCAUCGAACCACUCAACCAGAGGGGCAAGACCUUCCUGGCUCCCAUCAGCCAGGUGUUCCCAGCUGAGGACGAUGUCAACAAACAUGUGGAAGACAACUGUUCCCUUAUGUACUUGAAUGAAGCCACACUUCUAAACAAUGUCCGUGUGCGGUAUAGCAAAGAUAAGAUCUACACGUUCGUAGCCAACAUCUUGAUCGCAGUGAACCCGUACUAUGACAUCCCCAAACUCUACUCACCGGAAACCAUCAAGAGCUACCAGGGGCGGUCCCUGGGCACACUGCCGCCCCAUGUUUACGCCAUCGCGGACAAGGCGUACCGGGACAUGAAGGUGUUGAAGAUGAGCCAGUCCAUCAUUGUUUCGGGAGAGUCUGGAGCCGGAAAAACAGAAAACACAAAAUUUGUCCUCAGGUAUUUGACAACAUCCUAUGGAACGGGUCAAGAUAUUGAUGAGAGGAUUGUGGAAGCCAAUCCCCUGCUGGAAGCGUUUGGAAAUGCUAAAACUGUCAGGAAUAACAACAGCAGUCGUUUUGGGAAGUUUGUGGAAAUCCACUUCAAUGAGAAGAAUGCAGUGGUAGGGGGGUUCGUGUCCCACUACCUGUUGGAGAAGUCCAGGAUCUGCGUGCAGGGCGCCGAGGAGAGGAACUACCACAUCUUCUACCGCCUGUGCGCCGGUGCGUCCGAGGACAUCCGGCAGAGGCUCCACCUCGACUCCCCAGACAAAUUCAGGUAUCUGAAUCGAGGCUGCACCCGCUACUUCGCCAACAAGGACACAGACAAGCAGAUUAUGCAGAACCGCAAGAGUCCAGAGCAUCUGAAGUCGGGUGCCCUCAAGGACCCCCUGCUCGACGACCAGGGCGACUUCAAUCGGAUGUGCGCCGCAAUGAAGAAGAUCGGCCUGGACGACACGGAGAAGCUGGACCUGUUCCGCGUGGUGGCCGGAGUCCUGCACCUGGGCAACAUUGACUUUGAGGAGGCAGGGAGCACCUCAGGCGGCUGCUCCCUCACGAACCAGUCCAGCCAGACGCUGGAGUACUGCGCCGAUCUGCUGGGGCUGGACCAGGACGACCUGCGAGUCAGCCUCACCACCAGGGUCAUGCUCACGACAGCAGGGGGCGCCAAAGGAACGGUCAUCAAGGUGCCGCUAAAAGUGGAACAGGCGAACAAUGCGAGGGACGCCCUGGCCAAAGCCGUGUACAGCCGCCUCUUCGACCACGUGGUCACCAGGGUCAACCAGUGCUUCCCCUUCGACACCUCCUCCAACUUCAUCGGGGUGUUGGAUAUCGCUGGGUUUGAAUAUUUUGAGCACAACAGCUUUGAGCAGUUCUGCAUCAACUACUGUAAUGAGAAGCUGCAGCAGUUCUUUAACGAACGCAUUCUGAAGGAGGAGCAAGAGCUGUACCAGAAGGAGGGACUGGGGGUCAAUGAGGUUCACUAUGUGGACAACCAGGACUGCAUAGACCUGGUGGAAUCGAAGCUGGUAGGCAUCCUGGACAUUCUGGAUGAGGAGAACCGUCUGCCGCAGCCGAGCGACCAGCACUUUGCCGAGGCCGUGCACGCCAAGCACAAGGACCACUUCCGCCUGACCGUCCCCAGGAAGUCGAAGCUGGCGGUGCACAGGAACGUGAGGGACGAUGAGGGCUUCAUCAUCCGCCACUUCGCUGGAGCCGUGUGCUACGAGACGGCCCAGUUUGUGGAGAAGAAUAAUGACGCCCUGCACAUGUCCCUGGAGAGCCUGGUGUGCGAGUCCAAGGACAAGUUCGUGCGGGAGCUCUUUGAAAACUAUAACAACGCCAAGGACUCCAAGCAGAAGGCCGGGAAGCUUAGCUUCAUCAGCGUGGGAAAUAAAUUCAAGACCCAGUUGAACCUUCUGCUGGAAAAGCUCCGCAGCACGGGCUCCAGCUUCAUCCGCUGCGUGAAGCCCAACUUGAAGAUGGUCAGCCACCAGUUCGAAGGAGCCCAGAUUUUGUCUCAGUUGCAGUGCUCUGGAAUGGUUUCGGUGCUGGAUCUGAUGCAGGGGGGCUUUCCCUCCAGGGCCCCCUUCCACGAGCUCUACAACAUGUACCAGCAGUACAUGCCGGUUAAGCUGACCCGACUGGACCCACGGCUCUUCUGCAAGGCUUUAUUCAAAGCCCUGGGCCUGAAUGAGAACGACUACAAGUUUGGGCUGACCCGAGUGUUCUUCAGGCCUGGGAAGUUCGCUGAGUUCGACCAGAUCAUGAAGUCGGACCCGGAGCACCUGGCGGAGCUGGUGAAGCGGGUCAACAAGUGGCUUAUCCACAGCCGCUGGAAGAAGGUCCAGUGGUGCGCCCUGUCCGUCAUCAAGCUUAAGAACAAGAUGAGGUACCGCGCCGCCGCUUGCGUUAUGAUCCAGAAGACCGUCCGCAUGUGGCUGUGCAGGAAGAAGCACAAACCGCGAAUUGACGGGCUGGUGAAGGUGAGGAACCUGAAGAUGAGAAUGGACGGGCUCCAGAAGGUGGUUACCGGGCUGAAGGAGGGCAAGCAAGAGAUGAGCAAACAGAUCCAGGAGCUGGACGCCUCCAUCGACGCCCUCAUGGCCAAGAUUAAGGCCACGGUGAUGAGUCGGGCGCAGAUCGACAGCGAGUACCAGGCGCUGGUGGGCCGGGUGGAGAAGCUGCUGGGCUCCAUGCAGAAGAAGAAGCAGGAGGAGGAAGAGCGGGAACGCCUCCGUCGCAUCCAGGAGGACAUGGAGCACGAGAGGAGGAGGCGUGAGGAGGAGGAGACGCGCCGCAAGCAGGAGGAAGAGGACCGCCGCCUGAAGGCAGAGAUGGAGCUGAAGAGGAAGCAGGAGGAAGAGGAGAGGAAGAAGAGGGAGGAAGAGGAACGCAGCAUACAGGCGGAGAUGGAGCUGCAGCUGGCCCUGGAGCGGGAGGAGGAGGCACAGCGGCAGGCCAUGCUGGAACAGGAGCGCCGCGACCGCGAGCUGGCCAUGCGCAUCGCCCAGAGCGAGGCGGAGCUCAUCACCGAGGACGCGCAGCUGGACGCAGGCCUGCGCAGGGGUCCCCAGGUGCAAGCAACCAAAGCCGCCGCAGGAACCAAGAAGUACGACCUGAGCAAGUGGAAGUACGCCGAGCUGCGAGAUGCCAUCAACACCUCCUGCGACAUCGAGCUGCUGGCCGCCUGCCGCGAGGAGUUCCACCGCCGGCUGAAGGUCUACCACGCCUGGAAGUCGAAGAACAAGAAGCGCAACACGGAAACUGAGCAGAGGGCCCCGAAGUCCGUCACUGACUACGCCCAACAGAACCCGGCCCCAGCCGUGCCCGCCCACCAGCAGGAGGUGGCCCUGAACCGGCAGCAGCGCUACUUCCGAAUCCCCUUCAUACGCCCGGCCGACCAGUACAAGGACCCGCAGAACAAGAAGAAGGGCUGGUGGUACGCCCACUUCGACGGGCCCUGGAUCGCCCGGCAGAUGGAGCUCCACCCAGACAAGCAGCCCAUCCUGCUGGUGGCAGGGAAAGACGACAUGGAGAUGUGUGAGCUGAGCCUGGAGGAGACGGGCCUGACGCGGAAGCGGGGGGCGGAGAUCCUGCCGCGGCAGUUCGAGGAGAUCUGGGAGCGCUGCGGCGGGAUCCACUACCUGAAGAGCGCCAUCGAGAGCAAGCAGGCCCGGCCCACCUACGCCACCGCCAUGCUGCAGAACCUGCUCAAGUGAGGCCGCCCCGUCGGACCGGGAACUGCAUCCCAACGCCCGGAUAACCGACGUCUCAGUUUAAACCGAACUUUUUUUUGGGGUUAGCUUUCAUCUUUAUUUCUGUUUCUGGUUGUCAGUUCUUUUAUAGUUCGGGAAUUUUUUUUUCUAUUUUUUUUUUGCAGUGAACCUUGAACCCCACAAAGAAGAGUCAGCGAGGCAGACUUCUGCGGGGUUUCUGUUUUAUGUUUGUUUUUUCCUUCCGUUUGUUUUGUUAUUUGUGCGAUUCCGCCCUAUGCUUUAACUAUGAGGCCUUAAAAUUACGAUUUCACAACUGAA